AUGAGUUUGACUUCUGUGGUUUCCUGGAGUCUAGUCUCAGGCUAUAAAACCUUGCUGGGAGCAGGAAGAGACCCCAGCUGCAGCCUUACCUCCAAGGGACCCACUGAAGCUGAGAAAGCUAUGAUGAAGAACCUGCAGAACCUCCUGCUCACCCUCCUGCUGGUGACAUGCCCCCAGGCUACAGCCAUCCCAUCCAUUGCAGAUCGUUUCUGGAAUUGGAUGGAGGGAGGAGGGGAAGACCACUCCACACCCUACAUGGCCUAUCUGCAAGGAAAGAACCGUUAUUUCUGCGGAGGUUUCCUAGUGGCCCCGAACUGGGUGAUGACAGCAGCUCAUUGCUUCAAUCACAAACCUCUGACUGUCAUCCUUGGAGCCCACACAAUUCAGAGGAGAGAGAAAAGCUGGCAAACAUUCGAAGUCCUAGAGUAUCACGUCAACCCGGGCUUCACACGUCCUGAAAAGGGAAAUGACAUCCUCCUGCUGAAGCUGAAAGGCAAUGCCACCAGCAACAGCUACGUUAGCACCAUUUCCAUUGGAAGAUCUAAAGUCCGUGAUAGGGCUGCAUGCAGCAUAGUCGGCUGGGGCUCCUCCAACCUCACAUUACGCAACACCAAAGUCACCAUCAUCGGGCAAAGGGACUGCCUGGCCUACAACCCUGGACUUGCUGAGAACUUGAUUUGUGGACUCAGUGGAUCUGAUAGGGUACCUGAGAAGAGUGAUGCUGGGGAUCCUCUGGUCUGCAACAACAAAGCCUACGGCAUCUUCUCCUAUAGGCACAACAACUGGCCUGGUUUCUACACAUGCAUUGCUCAUUACCUUCCCUGGAUCGACCGUGUCAUGAAGUCAGCAUGACCUUACUCAAUCCCCAGGUGCUGCCCUGAAAAACUCACACUUCAGCGCCCUGUGCUCACCUGCUUUUCCUUCCUUUUCUCCCUGGGAAACAUCUUCCACUUAUCCUCAUAGACAUUCUCAAGGAAUUCUCUCUGGCAAAGCCAAACUAGCAGUGGGAGCUUGGCACAAAAAUUGCACCUUGGCUGCAUUUGUUCCCUGCGUGAGCCAGGGAGAGCCCAUUUACGCAGUGCAUGGUCCCACACUUUGCUGCUCUGAUUUGCCCCUUAGUCAAGAUGCUCAUGGCUACAGCUCUAGAAAGGAAGCAGCAGGACAGUCCUGAGUGAGGUGACAGUAGUUGUUGGGAUGUCUGCUGUCCUUUGGGAAGGCAGUACAAUUAGAUCAAGGCAAUCCAAAUGCAUUUGUGACACCAGAUGCCUGGGUCUCCUUUGGCCAAGCCCUGAGGUUAGAGGGUUGCCCCAGCUCCAAGGAGUACACUUCCAGCUCCUGCUUCACUACUGCUGCUGCU